UGCUAGUGAAAUUUCGUCAACAUGAACGCACCGCCAACCUUCGAAUCGUUCCUGCUGUACGAGGGCGAGAAAAAAAUCAUCAAGGAACUGGACACCAAAGUGCCGAACGCCGCUAUCUUCACCGUCAACAAGGAGGAUCACACCCUGGGAAACAUGAUCCGCAACCAACUGCUCAAGGAUCCGAACGUGCUCUUCGCCGGCUACAAGCUGCCCCACCCGCUGGAGCACAAGUUCGUCAUCCGGAUCCAGACCACCUCGGAUUACUCGCCGCAGGAAGCGUUCAUGAAUGCCAUCACCGAUCUGCUGUCGGAGCUGUCGCUGUUCGAGGAACGUUUCAAGGAGGCGUACAAGGACAAGAAGGAGGGUGGUGAUUAAUGAGGGGGGGUGGACGACGACGGUGGGGAGUUUCUCAAUCAUUUUCCCUGGGAGGAUGGAGGACGGUUUGUAAUUUUUAAAGUAUUUCUAUUUGAUCCCUAUCUAAAACACAACUAUUAAUGUUCUAUACUAGUAGGUACCUAUUUUUAAUUGUAACAAAUAUGAGGACAGAAUGAAAA